GAGGGCGAGAAGUGGCCUAAUUUUCCCGCCCUCUGAGCGACGCGCCUCGACGGCGUUGCCAUGGGGACCCAGCGGCUGCAGCCAGCCUGUGGCGGCGCCGUCCGCCUAGGGGGCUCUUUGGGCCUUGCGGCGGCGAGAGUGGAAGCGUUAUGGAACUUCCAGUAAAGACGGUCAAUACGGCCGGGAAGCAGUGGAGCUUGGGCCGCUGCCGGCAUUUCUUCUGGCUGGGCGUCGUCUUCGACACGGUGGGCUUGGGGGUGCUGCUCACCGGCGUCUUCUUGGACCUGGCCUUCUACGACAUGCUGGUCUACCUGGGCUCCAUCAUCAUCUUCCUCAUCCUCCUCUGGUGGGCCUCCUGGUACACCGGCAACAUCGAGCUGCUCUCGGAAGAGACUUUGAAGAAGGACUCCUGCAUGCCUCCGCCUCCGUGGUGGAGGCUCUGCGCCAGAGCGCCAGCCACUGCCUCUUUGUGAGCAUCGGGAAUAUCUCCGCCAACUGGCUGAUGCAGCGGCGGCGCCAUCGGAGGACCUUUCAAAAAGAGGCGUUCCUGACCAUGCCUGUCUCCAUCCACAUAGAAGAACAGCUGGGAAAAAAGAGCAGGGACAAAGAUGGAGAGGAAGGGGUCAAGGGGAGUGAUGUUUCUCAAGACUUUGGCAAAGAAGAUCUGGUGCCGAGCCUGAAGGUGACAAAAAUUCAAAGACUAUUGGCUCCCCGGGCUCGGAUGCCCAGCCGCCGUCCAUCUAUCAACUACCCCCCACCCAUCCGGAGCGGCCUGUGUUGCCUCUUCACCAGCCUGUACCUUCUGUACCUUCCAUCCUCCAGCCCUCUAAGAGCCUGAUUGUAGCCCCCUCCAUCUCUGCUACACACCCUCUAGCCAUUUGUACUUCUGAGAGCCAGCCUUUGGUUUUUUGGUCCUCUAACAGCCAACCUGCUGUCCCCAUGGCCUCUCAGAGCCACCUCCAGGUCCCUGCGGUCUCCCUCAGCCAGCCCCUGGUGCUUGUGCCCUCACAGGACCCGCUGCAGAAUCUUCCUAAGUCCUCUCAAACUCAGCCUCCACCACCUAGUUCGGUUUCUGUAACCUAGUCACUGGCUACCCGGGUCCAUGUGGGGCAGUCUCUAUCUGCCCAGCCUUUUCCUAUUGCGGAUCCACAGGCCUCUCAGGCUGUCGAGGACCUGCAUGCCCUACUUCAAAUGCAGCAGGCCAUCCCCAGCACGUCUGUAGUGCAGGAGAGUUCCUUAAGUCAGUCUUCAAGUGUCCUGAAGGUUCCUGAGAUGCCAGUUGCUCAGGCUAUUGAGGCUCCACAGCUACUACCCAGCCAGAAACGACAUCAGGAACCAUCUGCCCUGGCCACUGCAUCAUCUGCCUCUGAGGCUUCAGCUUCAGCCACUGAGACCCAGCAGUCCGUCUCUGCUGUCAAUGUUCCAGCCUCCGUGGCAGCGAAUAAAAGUCACCCUCUCUAGUAGGGACCAGACCCCAGCCAUUGGAGUGGCUGCUCAAACCUUUACCAUGAGCUGUCUACUAAAUGGCAAGACCCCUGGUGCCAACCUGCUUAAUGAAUUUAUAGCAUCAUCACAGCCUUGAGGCUUUGGGGAAGGUCACUUCGUCGACCUCGUUUCCGUGAAGAUAACGUUAUCUUGAGUAUCUGUGAGGAUGCUGCAUCGAGUAGAGAGCCCAGGCUCCUGGGUCAGCGGGGUUUGAAUCCCGUUUCCUCCGUGAGGAUCUGGGUUAAUCACAGGGCUUCAGCUUCUUCGAUUAGACUGACGGACGCUUUGACUCCAAAACAUUAACAAUCGCGUGUACUCGGCCACAGCUUAACACCUCCAGGGUGCUUUCACCCUUUCUUUGGAAUCCUCAGGGCUGGAUGGAGCCGGCAGUUCAAGUCUCUACACUCCCGCUUUCUCGUUGGGCGGUACAAGUCCUCCAAGUAGAAUGAGGGGAUGACUUUGGCGGCGCUCUAGCCCGCCGAGAGUAUUCACUCUCCCCAAGCGGGGGCUCUGAUUGGCUGAAGGUUGCGCUGGCUCGCGCGACUUCCGGGACAGAGGGCUGGAAGGCACCGCGCAUCCGGCGGGAGGUGCUGAAGUCGCGUUGGUUCGGCCCAAUGGCGGCGCCGCUGCUUCACACGCGGUUGCCGGGAGAUACGGCCGCUUCGGCCUCUACGGUCAACACGCUGGGCACGUCGAGGACCGGGAUUUCAAGUAUGCUUGCAUUAGAAAACGAUUUUUUCAAUUCUCCCCCAAGAAAAACUGUUCGGUUUGGUGGAACCGUGACAGAAGUCUUGCUGAAGUACAAAAAGGGUGAAACAAAUGACUUUGAGUUGCUGAAGAACCAGCUGUUAGAUCCGGACAUAAAGGAUGACCAGAUCAUCAACUGGCUGCUAGAAUUUCGUUCUUCUAUCACGUACUUGACAAAAGACUUUGAGCAGCUUAUUGGUAUUAUAUUGAGAUUGCCUUGGUUGAACAGAAGUCAGACAGUAGUGGAAGAGUAUUUGGCUUUUCUUGGUAAUCUUGUAUCAGCACAGACUGUUUUCCUCAGACCAUGUCUCAGCAUGAUUGCUUCCCAUUUUGUGCCUCCCCGAGUGAUCAUUAAGGACGGCAACGUAGAUGUUUCAGAUUCUGAUGAUGAAGAUGAUAAUCUUCCUGCAAAUUUUGACACAUGUCACAGAGCCUUGCAAAUAAUAGCAAGAUAUGUACCAUCGACACCAUGGUUUCUUAUGCCGAUACUGGUAGAAAAAUUUCCAUUUGUUCGAAAAUCAGAGAGAACACUGGAAUGUUAUGUUCAUAACUUACUAAGGAUUAGUGUUUAUUUUCCAACCUUGAGGCAUGAAAUUCUGGAGCUUAUUAUUGAAAAGUUACUAAAGUUGGAUGUGAGUGCAUCCCGGCAGGAUAUUGAAGAUGCUGAGGAAACAGCAGCACAAACUUGUGGUGGGACAGAUUCCACAGAAGGAUUGUUUAAUAUGGAUGAAGAUGAAGAAACUGAACACGAAACAAGGGCUGAUCCCAAACGGCUUGACCAAAUGGUGCAUCCUGUAGCCGAGCGCCUGGACAUCCUGAUGUCUUUGCUUUUGUCCUACAUGAAGGAUGUCUGCUAUGUAGACGGUAAGGUUGAUAACGGCAAAACGAAGGAUCUGUAUCGCAACCUGAUAAACAUCUUUGACAAACUCCUGUUGCCCACCCAUGCCUCCUGCCAUGUACAGUUCUUAAUGUUUUACCUCUGUAGCUUCAAAUUGGGGUUUGCAGAGGCAUUUCUGGAACAUCUCUGGAAAAAACUACAGGAUCCAAGUAAUCCUGCCAUCAUCAGGCAGGCUGCUGGAAAUUAUAUCGGAAGCUUUUUGGCAAGAGCUAAAUUUAUUCCUCUUAUUACUGUAAAAUCAUGCCUAGAUCUUAUGGUUAACUGGCUGCACAUAUACCUUCAUAACCAGGAUUCAGGAACAAAGGCAUUCUGCGACGUUGCUCUCCAUGGACCGUUUUACUCAGCCUGCCAAGCUGUGUUCUACACCUUUGUUUUUAGACACAAGCAGCUUUUGAGUGGAAACCUGAAAGAAGGUUUGCAGUAUCUUCAGAGUCUGAAUUUUGAGCGGAUAGUGAUGAGCCAGCUAAAUCCCCUGAAGAUUUGCCUGCCGUCGGUGGUUAACUUUUUUGCUGCAAUCACAAAUAAGUACCAGCUCGUCUUCUGCUACACCAUAAUUGAGAGGAACAAUCGCCAGAUGCUGCCAGUCAUUAGAAGCACUGCUGGAGGGGACUCAGUGCAGACCUGCACAAACCCGCUGGACACUUUCUUCCCCUUUGAUCCCUGUGUGCUUAAGAGGUCAAAGAAAUUCAUUGAUCCUAUUUAUCAGAUAUGGGAAGACAUGAGUGCUGAAGAACUGCAGGAGUUCAAGAAACCCAUUAAAAAGGAGAUAAUGGAAGAUGAAGACGAUGAUUUUCUGAAAGGCGAAGUGCCGCAGAGUGACGCCGUGAUUGGGAUCACACCGAGCUCCCUUGACGCACAUUCCCGAAGUCCCUCAAGUAGCAUGGGCUCCCCACCCAUGUUGUACAUGCAACCGAGUCCCCUCUGACCUCAAAGAGGUGUGACCGAGAUGUGACAUUCCGGAUACCCCAUCACUCAUCACCCCCUCAGCACCCAGCUGGUGCCGUUGAGCAUUGACUGCAUUGAACUCGAGUGAGCACCUGCCUCAGCUGUGGCACUCCAGGUUAGACUCAGUCAAGCAUCUGAAGGCUUUUUGUUGUUGUUCCCCUUACAGACAAAAUGAAAAGACUGAAUAUCAUGUGCAAUAUUUUACAGUGGAGUUGAUGAUAAAUUUGGAAGGCUUUGCUUAAUAUGUACAUUUUUUUAACAGCUUUUUGACAUAAUUACUGGGUAAUUUCUAAUAUAGGCACAGACUGUUUUCAUGAUGGCUCUUUAAACAUGGGUUUUUGUCAGAUCCGUGGUCACAGGACUUUGCUGAUCAGCUUUCAAUGAAGAAUCCUCUUGGAUAAAACUUCUAUUUAAAGACUUUGGAUGGAUGUGGUGGCUCACAUGUAUAAUCCUAGCACUUUGGGAGGCUGAGGCGGGCAGCUUGUCUGAGCUCAGGAGUUUGAGACCAGCUUGGGCAACAUGGUAAAACCCUGUCUCUUUAAAAAAAAAAAAAAAAGUAAAAGACUUUAACUAGGAAAUUUAUUUUGGCUAUGUUGUUUACCUUCUGCUGUAUUGAUAUUUGUGUGUUGGGAUUUCAAGGGAGUGUAGAGAAGAUAGGAGAGCAUAGAGCUGGCCUGAUGUGGUCUGCCACACAGAGUUGGAGCUGGCACUGAAGGAGAUCUCCAGGGACUUCAGAAACCAAUAAAAAAGAGAGGGGAUUGGCUGGGCGUGGUGGCUGACACCUGUAAUCCCAGCACUUUGGGAGGCCGAGCUGGGCAGAUCACAAGGUCAAGAGAUCGAGACCAUCCUGGCCAACAUGGCGAAACCCCCUCUCAACUAAAAAUACAAAAAUUAGCUGGGCAUGGUGGCACGCGCCUGUGGUCCCAGCUACUCCUCUGGAGGCUGAGGCGGAAGAAUCGCUUGAACCCAGGAGGUGGAGGUUGCAGUGAGCCGAGAUUGCGCCACUGCACUCUCCAGCCUGGUGACAGAGCAAGACUCCAUCUCACAAAAAAAAAAAAAAAAAAGACUUAGGAAAACAGAAUCAGAUGUGUAACAUACUUGGCACAGCGUAAAAAUGGACUUAAAAGACAAAGAAAAAUGGAGGUCCAGGUAGUUGUAAUUCACACGGACUGAAAGUGAGCUUGGGCUUGUGUGAAACACAUGAGAUCAUAUUUUACCCCUUGGCUCUCAAGCAUCUAGUUAGAUCUGCGUCAGUAGGUUAUUGAAAAUUUCGUUGUUCCAACAGGAAAAAUUUGUUUAGAUUGUUUGGUGGAAUGGUUUUGCUCACAACAGUAGGUGAAGUUCCUAGUGCUGUCUUCGUCUGUGGCUGUGCAUAUCAUAGAUUCGGCUUGGUGGAAUCCUUCUCCAAAGCCUCUUUUUGUAUUUUUAUAACUAAAAAGAGGUCUUCAGAAGACCUCACUUUAUAACAAAUUUGUGCAGACACUGCUAGAGUCAUUCUGAAGCUCAAGCAUUUCGCUUUGUUUCUUACAUGUGUACCUUUUUGGUUUACUUGUUAAAAUGGCCAUCUUUUUUUUUUACCCUCUGCCCCUGAAAAUGGCCAUCUUUAAGCAUAUUUAUUUUUCUGCCACUUAUAUUUAUUUAAAGGCAAGCAAUAUUUUCUUGAUCACAAAUAUUUUGGGUUUUUUUUUUUUCUCCUUUUUUGCCCAGUCUCAUUGUUGAAGCUUGUUGAGAGAUGACAAAUGUUUGUAAUGAAAUACUUCCUCUUUCCCAGGGCUUUAUAUGAUCUUGUAUAAUUACAUUGAUGGCAAUGCAUAGUUUGUGAAUUUCAGUCUGUAAAUACUUUUUUGGAAAAAAGAAAUUUUUAUUGAUUUAAAGUUUUGGAUAUCGGUGGUUUUCUUUUGGUGGUUUGGUGGAAAGUCAUUUGAGAACCUUAAGGUUCUCUUUUUUAACUGCUGACACAAUGUGGAUUUUUGUAUAUUAGAUAAAAUGAGUAAUUUUAUCUAAUUACUAAAUGAAAUUUCCCAGAAGUUAAUAGUAAGUGGGGUCUUUGUGGGUUGGGAAGUAGUUUUAAUGUAGAAAGAUAUUUACAAAUAAGUCUGUUUAAAUUCAAAGGAGUUUGUGAAAAAAAGAUCCAUGGUGAAAAUAAAACAAUGACAUGGUUAAUUUUCUGGAACUUUCAUUCUUAUACCAAUAAAAGGAGGUACCUCGAUA